AAAGAUGUGUUUUGUGGCUUCAGGAAAAUUUUAUGGGCCCAAAUUACUCUUUCAAUAAAUGCUAAUAAUGGUUGUGUGUUUUAUUUAUUAGACAACCAGAAAGUCAUCAGUAGAGGCGGACUUUGUUGUCUUGUAGACCUCUGUACUUCAGAAAGCCGGAACUCCUAUAUAUAAAACACUAUAGGUAUAUUAGUACCUUAUAGACUGCAGACGUUAUAAAUUCUGAUGAAGGUAAGGAUCGUCUGUGAAUAUAACUUCAAAAAGCAUAGCAGCACAGACAAAACACUUAAUGACACAAAUCUACACAAAUGAAGCUCUAACCACGCCACCUCGAAGCAUGGAUUUCUGAUGAGUGCCUCAUAUCAACCAGCAGAGGGAGAUCUUUACCCACAACCAAACAUCUGGUCAUAGUUCUACACCAAUGAAGCAUUUUUAAUAGAAGGAUCCCAAAAACCAUCAACUUUUCUCUAGAUGAAGCUAAAAAAUAAACAAAAUCCUGACAAUGUUUAGUGUCUGGUGCAAACUGACACUCUGACAGCUCUUUAUCCUCACCACGUCAUGUCUAAACUUCUCUGGAGAAGAAUCGGUGUCUGUCAGAACAAUUUGAGUGGUAAAACUCUCAGAAAAGGCUGAAAUUUUGUUAAAAACUAACAAAAUCUUUCGUGACAUCACCACCACACAGGCUCUGGUGAUUUUGAUCGCUCUCACUUAAAGGAGUGAGGUUUUAGGUGACAUGUGGCCUGUGCAGCUGGAGGUCAGAGGUCACUGGUUACUGAUUUCAUGACGGGCUGGUUGAUGACAGCAGGGGUUUUUAAGCUAUGGGACCUUUAGGUCGUGUUCUGUUGGACUGCUGCCUUCAUGUGACUGUCUAUUCACAUAUUGCAUCUCCUUGUAUCUGUAAUUGUUUUUGAGUUUGGCAUUUGAUGUCACACAAUCAUGUUGUCAAAGUGAGGUGUUUUCUUAAUUUAGUUUUAUUGUUUUUAAUUUUUUUAAAUUUAUUUCUUGUUUAAUUUAUUUGGUCUGUUUGUAUUGGUUAGUUUUGGCUUAUGCCACUGAUAGUCUUGCUAUCUCUUAUUGUUUUGGUGUUUCAAAGGAGGACCCCCUUGAAAACGAGAUGAUGCAUCUCAAGGGGUUUUAUCCUCUGGCCAUAUAAGUAAAUAAAUAAAUAAACGUUAUGUACGUGACAGCAGUGCUGAUGUCACAGCCACAUGUAAAAAUGCUUGGUGACAGCGGCGUGUGAAUCCAGAGAGAGAGAGCUCAGGCCUCCCACCAGGAUGAGGAGUGUGUAUUUGUUUGCUGGGGUCAUGUUUCUCCUCCUCCCAGCUUUUCUGCUAUAAAACACCAGCAGCCCCAGAGCUUCUCUGAAGUUUACUCUCUUCCACCCCUGAGGGGACUCCACCAUCAGCCUCGCCGCCUCCAUCACAACUGGUCUCUUCCAAACUCUCCCCAAGCUAAAGGCGAACAUGGCUCCUUUUGAGAAAUCCAUGGAGAUGAUGCCCUUCAAGCAGAGAAAAUGUCUCGCAACAAGAAAAGAUGAAGUGUGCAGUAUUCGGUCUAAAUUUCCUAACAAGUUACCCGUGAUUGUUGAGCGUUACAUCCGUGAGAAGACUCUCCCGCUACUAGACAAAACUAAAUUCCUGGUUCCCUUUGAGCUGACUUUGGGUCAAUUCCUGUGCCUGCUCAGGAAUAAAAUAGCUCUGGACUCAUCCCAGACUCUGUUUCUCCUGGUGGCAGAGAAAAGCAUGUCCUGCAUGUCCUCCAGCAUGGGGGACAUCUAUUCUCACCACAGAGAUACCGAUGGCUUCUUGUACAUCACCUACGCUUCUCAGGAGGUGUUUGGAGCACCUCAGCUGGCAGCCAGGCUGCCCGGCUGAGUCUCAGAUGGGUGAAAAUGAACUGGAGCCAGGCCAGAAUCACACAAUUGCACUGUUUUUACCCAUGGUGUUAGUGCCUACCUCAUCCAGCCUCUGUGCAGGCUCUACAGCUGGAAACCAGAACGAGAGAGGACAAGGCGCUCUGAAAGAUUUCUGCUUGGACCGAUUGGAUUUCAUUUAUGCAAAGAAAUACUCACAGAAAGACCUGCUAAUAUACAAAAUGACUUGAGUAUUUUGUUUUUAAACUGAGUGUUGAUUUUUUUCCAGAUUUUUUAAAAUUUAGCUGCUCCAAAUAUGUAAAGAUUUUUUUGUGAUAUUUUGUCUUUUUAAAGGUCAUAAAUUAAAAAUAGCUUAAAUGUAACAAAAACCAGUCUCAAACCAUGUGGUCAAGCUGUUUCCAGCUGAAAAAAAGUUGUUUUUUAAUCUUUGUAGCACUUGCCUUCCUUUGAAAGUCGUCCCCAUCCCUCAAGAAUGUGAACUUGUCCAACAGACUCACCAUCAAACGCCGAGGCUCUGUUUGAUGUUUCUGCUGCUCUCACGCCUUCUGUGUCCAAAUGACUAAAAAUAAAUCCUUCUUUGAAACCA